UCGGCGUUCGCUACCCCACUCACCAGUCAGGGACAAUGGAGAUCUGUGUGAAGAUGAAGGUGCUCUUCCUGUUCAUUUUGUGUGUAAGGACUGUCCUUAGCUACAGCAAUGGAAAAGUACAAAAAGCUUGUCAGAAGAUGAUCCCCGGACAUCAACAUCAGCCCAGCCCUGAAAAUCCACCAUACACCAUCACCAUGGAUAAGUCUAUAUUCAGUCCUGGUGAUCAUAUUAAAGUGACUUUAUCAGCAAAUAACACUGCAUACUUUGAAGGCUUUCUAAUAGAGGCCCGUAAUGCUGCAGCUCUAGAAAGUGGAUCUGUUGGAACGUUUACUCUUCUUGACUCGUCCAUUUCGCAGCUUCUUACAUGUGACCACAGAGAGGGCUCUGCUGUCAGUCACACCAGUGAUAAACAUAAAAAAGAAGUUCAGGUAAUGUGGACAGCACCACAGGAUUCUCCACCUAGUAUCCAGUUUCUAAUAACUGUGCUUCAGAAAUAUGAUCUGUUCUGGGUGAAGAUACCAAGUUCUGUAGUGUCGCAAAAGGGUGCACCUCCUUUACCAUCAUUAUCUCCUCAGACAACCACAGCUCCUACGCCUCUGCCCCACCCAUUCACGUCAGAAGGCUGUGGAACUACAAAGACUUGCCUGAGGGAUCCAGAAGGUUGCAAUCCUGAGAACGAUACACUCUGUUACUUCCUGUCCUUUAGAAAAGUCAAACAGGAUGUAAAGUUUGAGCUAAGUGGACCAGCUGCGGGUUAUGUCUCCUUUGCCUUAUCAACUGAUAAAUGGAUGGGGGAAGAUGACGUUUACAUGUGUAUUAGGGACCAAGAUAGUGUCAGCAUCAGUGCCGCUUAUGUUGAGGGAAGGACACAUCCAGAGAUGGCUUUAGAGAAUGUUUUGAGGGACACAGCAUGGCGGAUGGCUGAUGGGGUAAUCCAGUGCAGCUUUCUUAGAAACAUACACAUUCCAACCCCUAAUAAAGGGCGAUUUGACCUGGAUCUGAUGCACUACUUGUUCAUGGCUCAUGGUCGGACAGAGAAUGGGAGAACCCACAGACAUGAUCGCCAGCCCCUUAUUUCUGCAAAGCAAGUAGUUAUUACCGGUCCUCCAGAGGAUCUGAGUGGCUCUCGUGCUCCCUUACUCAUCAAAUUUCAUGCUGCGUUUAUGCUCAUUGGCUGGAUGACAACAGUCAGCACUGGAGUAAUUAUAGCCAGAUACUUUAAACCUGACUGGCCUGAAACAACUGUUUGUGGACAGAGAGUGUGGUUUCAGUUUCACAGAGGUCUUAUGUUACUCACGGUCGUAUUAACAUGCAUUGGCUUCAUAUUGCCUUUUGUAUACAGGAGAGGCUGGAGCAAGCGCGCAGGCUCACAUCCUUACUUCGGCUGUACCGUCAUGGCUCUGGCUGUGAUCCAACCCAUUGUGGCUCUGUUUAGACCUGCUCCAGACUCCUCCAGGAGAUAUAUUUUUAACUGGUUCCAUUUGGGCAAUGGCACUGUAGCACAGGUCCUCGCUGUCGUGGCCAUCUUCCUGGGCAUCCAUCAGCAGGCACUGCUGCUCCCUGCCCCCUGGACCACAGGACUUCUUGCAGCCUGUGUGGUCUGGUUUGUGCUGGCAGACUUGGCACUAGAGGUGCAUAGGAGGGGUCUGUUCCCCAUAGGGCAAAUUUUUAGAAACUUUCAGGUCUACACAGAAAAUCUCCAAACAGAAGACAAAGAGGAGAUUCUGUUUGUUCCGUCCCAAAAUGAGAGCAAGGGUUCAUCUUUUAAAAUAAUUGUGUUAGUAGUCUACCUAUUUGGAAAUCUUGGAUUUCUAGCAUGUCUCCUUGCUAGCAUCAUUGAGGUAUGAUCUUAAAGGAUCACAAGCCAUGUGCACUACUGAUGUCUGCUGUUGUACUCGGCUACUCUUUGAGAAGCUGAAAAGGCCUUAUUUGAGGUUGUUUUAAGUGAGUCACACUGGAUAAGCUGGUCAAGCCUUAAAAUUCAGCAUUCCAACAGAAGUUUAUUUUCCAGGCCAAAAUUUUAUGUGCCAAGCAAUGACACAGAGGGCUGACCUGAUAUUGUCAUAAGAAAAAGUGUACAGAAUGUCUCAUUAUUUGCUUAGAUCAAUGCUUCAAUCUGUUUCGUCAAAAAAAGUUUUUUUUUGACGAAACAUUAUUUUAUUUUUCAUAAAUCUGUAGCAACAUAAAUCAUGUUUUGAGAGUGCUGAAUGAACACAGGAGGUUUUGGUUUUCUAAUAUAGUGAGUGGAUGGUGAAUAUUUUUGUUGUUAUAUUUGACAAUCAAUAUUCAUAUUAUAAUAAUUUGAAUUUAAAAAUAUUGUGAAAACCAAAUACUCAUUUUUGCAUUGAUUUAAUUAGAAAAGAAAAAAAAUGCAUAGAUUUUUACUAGACUCUACAUUUCCUACAUGUCUCAUACCACUUCCCCCAGACUGAACUUUGUUUGCUUAAUAUAAAAUGUAAAAAAUAUAUCAUUCUAAUUUGAGGAAUGAGUGAAAAUGCAAGUUUCAAUCCUAGUGUGGUAUAUUAGAAAGGAAAACUCUUGUUUGUAAAGUUAUUAAAUCUAAAUUAUAUACAGUAUACCUUAAGUCACACAUUCUUAACUUUAGUGUCAUUUAAGAUGUUUUGGGGUCACAGAUAAUUUUGUGAUGCAGUUCUACGCAUAUAAAAUUGAUGUAUGGAAUGUUUAAUAAUAAUGAAAACUACUGGAUUAGUUUUUUUAUUUUUAUUUUAAUUUACUAUAUUUAUUAGAGUAAAAAUUUAAGUUCUCCCAUGCUUCUUUGCUAUCUGCUAUCAGUCCGAACCUGUAUCCCAUUUAUCAGUUUAGUGCUUACAAAGUUCAUAAUUUUUUAUUUUGGGUUGGUCGGCAGGUGCUAGUGCUUUUGCACAUUUUAGAGUGGGUUGGGUGGGUCAGAUUGGCUCUUAUCGGGUUGGGUGCUGGUAUGAAAAGUUUAUAGCAAAAAUCCACUGGAUUAACACAAUUCAUUAUGAUAUGCAGAAGCCACAAAAAGGUUGAGUACAGUUGGCUUAAGUUUAUAUUAAUGGUUUGCACUGUGACUGCCCUUUCAAUUUUGUAUAGAAAUCAUUAUGCAUGUUGUGUACGCACCAAUCAUGUAAAUGUAUGUACAAAUUAAAAGAAACACUUUUGCCUAAUGGCUUUGCCUUUAAUAAAUAUCUUGUUUACUGCUUCA